AUGGCCCCGCGCCGCAGACGCAAGCCCGUAGCUCCGACGAGGCGGCCCUCCUCCCCGGUCCCCAGCACCUCGCGACAGCCUUCAACCCCGAGCUCCAGAACCCCGCGGCGGCCCUUUCGAAGGAAGAAAUCUGGGGUACUGAAGGAGAUCCGAAAGCUUCAGAGCAGCACAGAAUUACUGUUCAGGAGAAGGCCCUUCAGCCUCGUGGUAAGAGAAGUAUGUUCUAAAUUCACUCGAGGUUUGGAUUUCAAUUGGCAAGCCCAGGCCCUGAUGGCCCUACAAGAGGCGGCAGAGGCAUAUCUAGUUUAUCUCUUUGAAGACGCCUAUCUCCUCACCUUGCAUGCUGGCCGAGUUACUCUUUUCCCCAAGGACAUACAACUAGCCAGGCGGAUCCGGGGCAUUGAGGGUGGACUCGGCUGA